AUGGUAAAUAAAUUGACUGCGUAUAAUUUAUUUGGAUUAUGGAAUAUCGAUCCCAAAGAGACAAUUUUCAAUGAAUUAACAGAACUAUUUCCACAAGAAAGUAAAUGGUUUUCUGAUGUAAAAUUGAAAUCUCAAUCUGAACAACAACGUAUAAUUGAUGAAGAAGAAUUUAACAUGGAAAUUGUAUCAAAUUAUGAGCAAGCUAUUAAAAUCUGA